AUGGUGCUGCCGGCGCUGGCCCCCGCCGGGCCGCUUCCCCCCUCCCCCUCCCCCUCCCCGGCCCGGCCGGGAGCACCCGCCAUUGCCCCGCGACGAGCAGCGCCGGCUCCUCGACGGGCCUGGCCGCGCUGGGAAACGGCAUCGUGGUCAGCAGCCUGGCUUAGCGGCGGGGGCAGGCCGCCGUGUGGGAAACCGUGUCAGUCUCCGCCGCCGCUGAGCGCCCGGCCCGGCCCGGGCUCCGGCGGAAACGGCUGCCGGGGCGGUAACGUUCGCGUGUUCGGGGGGCUAAUUCGUAUCUUCCCCGGCAUGUCGCCAGCAGGAAGUGCCCUUGGCGUCGACUCAGUUGUGGCGACAUACAAGGGAUUUGACUCCUUAACCAGCAAUGUUGAAGACUUAAAGUAUGUGAAUCAGAAAUUAAGUGGACAAAUACAGGGUAUGCAGAAAGCAAUGGAAGUACUGGAUGAAGCCUGUCUGCAAUUGGCAGAUGAAAUUGCAGAGCUGAAAAGCAGACUAACAAGGCAUUGAAAGAGCAGCUGAGUCACUCACCCUUAAGUGUGAUACGGACGGAUGCUUGCUUGCUUGCUUACACCCAUUCAUAGAAAAUUGGAACAAAGUCAUAAAGAGAUUGAAAACAACAUUUCUAGAAUGUCCAGAACUUUCAACAAAAUCAACCAGGACCCUGGCCUCAUUCAAUGCACAGGAAGAACGGGGUGUAGGUAAAUAGAUCACACCAGUCUCUAGAGCUUUUAAUGCCUGUGAAAAUUGCUGACUGAAUCUACAAAAAAAUGAACUUUGGCCAUGAUCUUCUGAGAUCAGUCACUGCAGUUUCCUGAAGUGAAUGGGAGGUGAAGAUUCAGCAUGAUGCAGGAGGUGCUUUUCACAGGAUCAGGCCCUUGUCAUGUAAAAUAUAAUUUGGAGAGAUUUAUUUGACUAUCAAUUAGUUUUAUACUCCUUGAUUUAGACACUAUUGUAUAGAAGUUUACUCUUGCGAGAAAUGAUGGACAUUGUUACCCAUGGUACUCUGUUCUUAUGUGGCAACUUUUAUUCUAGUUUACCACAGGUUGUAGAGAAAAUUCUGUCUGAUCCACAUCUUCUUUGCACAUCUUGACGCAAGAUAAAAUUGAAUUGUUACUCCUAAUGAAAUAUACAACAAGUUGCCCUCAUUAUGAUGACUUUGCUCAGUUUACAAUUUAUUAACUUUCUAAUGGGGGAAGAAGAGAAGAGAGGGGCCGUUUGUUUUUGCUUUCUUCUGUAUAGAGUUGUAGUUUGGGACACUUCAGUGUGAAAAUAGACAUGUUUCUGUCACAAUUUGUUUUUAAGAAAACAUAAGCUCUUAUUAUACAGAGAGACAAUAGUCAACAUGAUGAUUUGGGACAAAAUUCAGGAUCAUGUUCUCAAAGAAAAGCAAGUUAAAUAAACAAGGUGUCACCUA